AGUUGAGCGGGGGAGCCAAAUAUCGGGUCUUGGUCGCUGUGAUAAUCUUUGUGUUGGGGUGGCGCAACUAUGGGUUGUGGAGUGUGUCUUUGGGUGCUUGGGGUUAUGUGGAACGUUCGCUUGCUUGGCAAGUAUGUCGGCGAUUGUGGAUGCCGUAUAG